AUGCAGUCGGAGUCUCGUAUAACUAUAGAUUCUUCAAUGGAUGUUGAUGUAGUUUCUAAUUCAUUGCCAGCAAAGAUUGACUCCCAGUCAGUAAUAUCUUCACAAGAUAAUGGGACACAAAAUAAUGUAGAUAUGAUGUCACCCCCACAUCUACAUAAAUCGAGUUUGGGUUCUGAAAAUGGUGCAAGUACAGGGGCAAGUGAAGAUCAUGCAAGAAAUGGUAUGGAAGUGAAAAAUGAUGGCGCAAAUACUAAACAGGAUAGCAACUUUGAGAAGUUAAAGUGCACAACUGUUUCUACACUAGCUGCAACAACAGUGAAGGAAAAACUUCUGGAAAACUAA